AUGCGCGAAACUGAAACGAAAAUUUCUCCUCUCCUCAUAAAAUUAAAAACUGAAGUAAAAGAUGCAUUGAGAAAUAAAGAUCAAGUGAAAUUAAAUGUUGUUAGGGGGCUUCUCUCGGAUGUCACUUAUGCCAGUAAAUCCGUCCCUUCUAGUUCUUCCUCGCCCUCUUCCACUUCCAUUCAAAUCGGAAUAUCUGAUCAAGAUAUUUAUCCCAUAGUUAAUCGGGCAAUCAAACGUCAUAAAGAAUCCAUUGAUCAAUUUUCUAAAGCAGGUCGAAUGGAUUUAGUAGAAAUUGAAAAAUUAGAGUUAGAUAUUUUAAAUUCAUAUUUACCUCAACCAAUGACUGAACAAGAAAUUGAAUUAGAAGUUAUUAAAGUUAUUAAAAAAAUGGGAUUAACUAAAGAUGAUGGUGGAAUUAAAAAUAUGGGAAAAGUUAUGAAAGAAUUAAAUCUUGAUAUUGGAAGAGCACCUAAAAAUAUUGUGGCUCAAGUUGUAAAGAAUGCUUUGUCUUCAAAUGAUAGUUAUUAA